GAAAGAUUCAUUAACAACAUAGACUGUCAAGAUUGCUGUUAUUGAAUAAAACACGAAUUAUCUCUAUCUAAGCUCUGGCAUCCUGUCUGGUGCUGUUGCCAAGGGUAUCCAUGGACAGUGUGGGUGUGAUUUAAUCGAUUUCUUUGCUUAUCUCCUUAGCCGGUCAUUGAAUAGUCCUCGCAAUGAGUUCAGAGACUGAGAACGUGAAGCUCUGGGGUGGAAGGUUUAGCGGCUCAACGGAUCCAGUCAUGGAAAAGUUCAAUGCAUCGCUGCCCUUCGACAAGAUUAUGUGGAAGGAGGACAUUCGAGGUAGCAUUGCCUAUGCCAAAGCCCUGAAAAGAGCGAAUUUAUUGACGGAAGACGAAUGCACCGCUAUUAUUCAGGGAUUAGAAGUCGUGCACAGUGAAUGGGAACAAGAAAUCUUUGAGACGCAACCUCAGGAUGAGGAUAUCCAUACUGCCAAUGAGAGGAGACUGAAGGAACUUGUUGGUGAGGUAGGAGGCAAAGUACACACUGGUCGGAGUCGUAAUGACCAGGUGGCGGUCGACAUGAAGUUGUGGCUGCGGGAACACUUAGCGGAAAUUGCAGAACAUCUUACAGUUCUUGCAAGGGUCUUAGUGGGACGCGCAGACAGAGAGAAGGCAGUCCUCAUGCCAGGAUACACACACUUGCAACGUGCGCAGCCUAUUCGAUGGUCUCAUUUGCUACUGAGUCAUGCCUGGCCCUUAGCGACUGACCUGGAUCGCCUGAAAGAGCUAUAUUCUCGUGUCAAUGUAUGUCCUCUUGGGUCAGGAGCUCUUGCGGGCAAUCCAUUUUGCAUUGACCGUGAGCAGUUGGCGCAAGACCUGGGCUUCAAGAGUAUCACGGAAAACAGUCUUCAGGCUGUCAGUGAUCGAGAUUAUGUAGUGGAGUUUUUGUUCUGGUCCAGCUUGGUGGGUUCACACCUCAGCCGCCUGGCAGAGGAUGUCAUCCUGUAUUCUACCCGUGAGUUUGGAUACAUUAAGCUCUCUGAUGCUUAUUCCACUGGGAGCUCCCUCAUGCCGCAGAAGAAAAAUCCGGACAGCAUGGAGCUCAUUCGAGGGAAAGCAGGAACCUUGACAGGAAAUCUGUGCGGUUUCUUGACUGUGCUGAAAGGUCUCCCUUCAACAUACAACAAAGAUCUGCAAGAAGACAAGUUGAAGAUGUUUGAAACAGCCUCGGUCCCAGAUCCUAUCACGAGAGUGUCCAGGCCGAGGAAGUGA